AUCAGCUAACUGAAAAGAUCCGUACACUGGGUGGUCUCUCUAUUAAGGACCGUUCCUAUCGCUUCCGAACGUACAAAACAUGUUUUAUCGUGGUGUGCCUAUCAGCGGACAGCAGUGAGACACAGCUGACAUGGUUACAGACUCUGAGUGGGAUGGGCCUCGAAGUACUGCCAGCUGCCAAUGAACUGGACGAUAUGGUGAAGAACGCGACGUCCAUCUUUGAGUUUGAAGCCAAGACCAUCGACGGAGAUCAGAUCUCAUUAGACAAAUACAGAGGUCACGUGACAUUGAUUGUGAACGUGGCGUCUAAAUGAGGUCUGGCCCAGAAGAACUACACCCAGCUGGUGGAGCUGCAUCGACAGUACGCUGAGUCUCGUGGUCUCAGGAUCCUGGCCUUCCCGUGCAACCAGUUUGCGCACCAGGAGCCGGGGACUGCAGAGGAGAUCAAAGCGUAUGCAGCUGGCUACGGGGUGGAGUUCGACAUCUUUGGGAAAAUCGAUGUCAAUGGGAGUGGGGCACAUCCUCUGUACAAGUUUCUAAAAUCUCGUGUGAAGGGAAGUUUGGGAUCGUUUAUUAAGUGGAACUAUGAGAAAUUUCUCUGUGACGUGAAUGGAGUGCCGGUGAAGCGGUACUUGCCCAGUACGUCUCCUCUGGACCUAGUAUCUGAUAUAAUGGCACUGUCCAGCACUAUAGCUAGCUAGAUCUUCACUCUUUACACAGGUACUAACUUUGUGCUUUAUUAUUUUUGAUCAAUGGACUGCUUUCCAUGAAGAUGUUUCAUUAAACCACAUUUGUGGCUUGAAAUUGUCUGAUGUUUUGUUUUGACAGUUCUUUUGUUUCAUUAUUUGUGAGCACUUUUCAUCCACAACAUUAUUAUUAUUGGUUAAAUUUUUAA